AUGGCAAACCAAACUAUUUUCAUGACCGGUGCGAACGGUUACAUUGGCUCUCGAAUUACCGAGUUCGCUAUCGCCGAAGGUUAUAACGUCGUUGGCUUGUCGCGCUCCGAGACGAGUGACCAGAAGCUUAAGUCACUUGGAGCUUCUUUUGUCCGCGGCGACCUAUUUUCAUACGAUGUCCUAAGAGAGCAGAGCGCUAAGGCGGACAUCGUCAUCCAUCUCGCCGACGCCCUUGCGCAAAAUAUGGACCAGCCUUACUCGAAGGUGGUUGAAAUCGACAACAAGGUCGUAGAUGCCAUCACCGACGGCCUUAAGGGCUCCAACAAGACCUUUCUCGUCACCUCAGGUACUCUAGUCACGGGCGCGGACCCGAACCACGGGGAGACAAACGAGACAUCACCGCUGUGGAGCGAACCCCUCAAUGACCGCAUCGGCUGUGAGACGUAUGCUCUAAAGCAGGCUUCCAAGGGUAUCAGAGUGAUUGCGCUACGUUUAGCCCCAUACGUCUAUGGGCGUGGCGGCAGCGGUGUCCGUCUCUUCAUGAGCUUUGGCGCCCAAGCUGGCGAGCUCGCCUACGUCGACGACGGCUCAGUCAAGACCACUACGGUGCACGUCGACGAUGCCGCCCGCGCAUACCUCCUAGCUAUCAAGAAAGGCCGGGCCGGCGAGGCGUACAAUCUGAGUUACGAGACGGACGUGUCGGCAAAGGAGCUCUACGAAGCCAUGGGUAAAGUCUUGGAUCUCCCGGUUAAGUCUCGGCCCGCCGCCGACGCGAAAGCGACGAUGGGAGAGUUCCUUGCCAGGUUCAUCAGCACGGAGAAUCGAGCGUCUAACGCCAAGGCUAAGGCGGAGCUGGGCUGGGAGCCGAGGGAGAAGAAGAUCAUUGAUGAUAUCCUUAAUGGUUCGUACGUGGAGGUAGCUAAGAGCUUGAAGAAGCCUGCUGCCUGA